CUCCCGGCUCCGUAGUAAGCAUGGCGGCGGYGGCGUUCGUGGUCCCUCGGGUGAAACAGAAAGCGGGAGCUACGCGGAGAGGGAGCGAAGAGCGGGGCUGAGGCGGCGCCGUCACUAUCGGAAAACAACCUCAACAGUCAGCGCGCCAGCGGCCGCGGCGGCCCCAGAGAGCUAGCUCUGCCACUGAGGCAAAGAGAACGAUCAGGAACCCGAAGAAGAGGCRCCAGGGGAGCCGCCUUCCUCCGCCUCAGAGCGGCGCGACUCGGAGAGUUGGAGGGCUAUCCGGUAUAUUAAUGUCUUAUUGAUAAUGGCAGAACAUCCACCACUACUGGAUACAACUCAGAUUUUAAGUAGUGAUAUUUCUCUUCUAUCUGCCCCUAUUGUAAGUGCAGAUGGAACACAACAGGUUAUUCUGGUACAAGUAAAUCCUGGGGAAGCAUUUACAAUAAGAAGAGAAGAUGGACAGUUUCAGUGCAUUACAGGUCCUGCUCAGGUUCCAAUGAUGUCCCCAAAUGGUUCUGUGCCUCCUAUUUAUGUGCCUCCUGGAUAUGCCCCACAGGUUAUUGAAGACAAUGGUGUUCGAAGAGUUGUUGUGGUUCCUCAGGCACCAGAGUUUCACCCUGGUGGUCACACAGUCAUCCACCGUUCUCCACAUCCUCCUCUACCUGGUUUCAUUCCUGUCCCAACCAUGAUGCCCCCUCCACCACGCCAUAUGUACUCUCCAGUGACCGGUGCUGGAGACAUGGCAACACAGUAUAUGCCACAGUAUCAGUCUUCACAAGUAUAUGGAGAUGUAGAUGCUCACUCUACACAUGGAAGAUCCAACUUUAGAGAUGAAAGAUCUAGCAAAACGUAUGAACGUUUGCAGAAAAAAUUAAAGGAUCGCCAAGGAACACAGAAGGAUAAAAUGAGCAGUCCACCAUCAUCACCCCAGAAAUGCCCUUCUCCCAUAAAUGAACACAAUGGACUUAUAAAAGGGCAGACUGCCAGUGGUAUAAACACAGGAUCAGCAAAAAACAAAUCGGGAAAAGUGAAAGGUUGUAUACAAGUGGAUACAGAACUAGAAGAAAAAGAUGAAGAAACUAAAGCAUUUGAAGCACUUCUUUCCAACAUUGUCAAACCUGUGGCCUCAGACAUCCAGGCAAGGACAGUAGUACUUACCUGGUCACCACCUUCAAGCUUCAUUAAUGGCGAAACAGACCAGAUUACUGUGCCAGAGCUCUACAGUUAUGAAAUUCUGGUCUCGAGUACUGGAAAAGAUGGGAAAUACAAAAGUCUUUAUGUAGGAGAAGAAACAAGUGUCACAUUAAAUGAUCUCAAACCAGCUACAGAUUACCAUGCAAAAGUACAGGCAGAGUCCAAUUCUAUAAAGGGAACUCCUUCAGAAGCUGAAAGCUUUACUACCUUGAGCUGUGAACCUGAUAUACCUAAUCCACCAAGGAUAGCCAAUCGGACCAAAAAUUCACUUACUUUGCAAUGGAAGGCACCUAGUGACAAUGGUUCUAAAAUCCAAAGCUUUAUUUUAGAAUGGGAUGAGGGAAAAGGAAAUGGAGAAUUUUGUCAGUGUUACACGGGCUUACAGAAGCAAUUUAAAAUUACUAAACUGUCACCAGCAAUGGGUUGUAAAUUUAGACUAUCAGCCAAAAAUGACUAUGGUACAAGUGGUUUUAGUGAAGAAGUCUUAUAUUACACCUCAGGCUGUGCCCCUUCUAUGCCAGCAAGUCCUGUAUUAGCAAAGGCCGGAGUUACUUGGUUGUCCUUACAGUGGAGUAAACCCUCAGGAACACCGUCAGAUGAAGGAAUUUCUUAUAUUUUAGAGAUGGAAGAAGAAACUUCAGGUUAUGGUUUUAAGCCUAAGUAUGAUGGAGAAGAUCUUGCUUACACUGUGAAAAAUCUCAGACGUAGUACAAAGUAUAAAUUUAAGGUUAUUGCUUAUAACUCAGAAGGUAAAAGUAAUCCGAGUGAAGUAGUAGAAUUUACUACCUGCCCUGAUAAACCAGGAGUACCUGUAAAACCUUCAGUUAAAGGAAAGAUACAUUCACACAGUUUUAAAAUAACUUGGGAUCCACCAAAAGACAAUGGAGGGGCACCCAUCAAUAAGUAUGUAGUGGAGAUGGCAGAAGGUUCUAACGGAAACAAAUGGGAUAUGAUAUACAGUGGUGCUACAAGAGAACAUCUUUGUGAUCGACUGAAUCCAGGCUGUUACUAUCGUUUACGAGUUUACUGCAUUAGUGAUGGAGGACAGAGUGCGGUCUCUGAAUCUUUACUUGUGCAAACUCCAGCUGUACCUCCUGGCCCAUGCCUCCCUCCCAGAUUACAGGGUAGACCCAAAGCAAAAGAAAUACAGUUACGAUGGGGACCCCCUCUAGCUGAUGGUGGAUCACCUAUUUCCUGUUAUGGUGUAGAAAUGUCUCCUCCAGAAAAAGAUGAACCCAGAGAAGUAUACCAAGGCUCUGAAUUGGAAUGUACAGUGAGCGGCCUUCUUCCUGGAAAGCUGUACAGCUUCAGACUGCGUGCAGCUAACAAAAUGGGGUUUGGACCAUUUUCAGAAAAAUGUGAUAUUACUACAGCCCCUGGGCCACCGGAUCAAUGCAAACCCCCACAAGUGACAUGCAGAUCUGCAACUUGUGCACAAGUGAAUUGGGAGAUUCCUUUGAGUAAUGGAACUGAUGUCACCGAGUAUCGAUUGGAGUGGGGAGGAGUUGAAGGAAGUAUGCAGAUGUGUUAUUGUGGGCCUGGCCUCAGUUAUGAAUUAAAGGGACUUUCACCAGCAACUACCUAUUAUUGCAGAGUCCAGGCUCUGAGUGUUGUGGGUGCAGGCCCUUUCAGUGAAGUAGUAGCCUGUGUGACUCCACCAUCAGUUCCUGCCAUUGUGACUUGUCUUCAAGAAAUAAGUGAUGAUGACAUAGAAAAUCUCAAUUAUUCACCUUCUACAUCCCUUGCAAUAAGCUGGGAAAAGCCUUGUGACCAUGGUUCAGAAAUCCUUGCCUACAGCAUAGACUUUGGAGAUAAACAGCCCUUAACAGUGGGAAAGAUUACAAGCUAUAUAAUAGACAAUUUGCAACCAGAUACAACAUACAGAAUACGAAUUCAAGCCUUGAAUAGCCUCGGAGCUGGUCCUUUCAGCCAUAUGAUAAAAUUAAAAACUAAGCCCCUCCCUCCUGACCCACCUCGUCUGGAAUGUGUUGCCUUUAACCACCAGAACCUUAAGCUGAAAUGGGGAGAUGGUACCCCAAAGACACUGUCAACAGAUUCUAUCCAGUAUCACCUUCAGAUGGAGGAUAAGAAUGGAAGGUUUGUAUCCUUGUACAGAGGACCAUGUCAUACAUAUAAAGUACAAAGACUUAAUGAGUCAACAUCGUAUAAAUUCUGUAUUCAAGCUUGUAAUGAAGCUGGGGAAGGCCCCUUCUCCCAAGAAUAUAUUUUCACUACUCCAAAAUCUGUCCCAGCUGCCUUGAAAGCCCCCAAAAUAGAGAAAUUAAAUGAUCACAUUUGUGAAAUUACAUGGGAAUGUUUACAGCCAAUGAAAGGUGAUCCAGUUAUUUACAGUCUUCAAGUUAUGAUGGGAAAAGAUUCAGAUUUCAAACAGAUUUACAAAGGUCCGGACUCUUCCUUCCGGUAUUCCAGCCUCCAACUGAACUGUGAAUAUCGCUUCAGAGUGUGUGCCAUUCGCCAGUGCCAAGAUCCUUUGGGGCACCAGGACCUAGUCGGUCCCUACAGCACCACAGUGCUCUUCAUCUCUCAGAGGACAGAACCGCCAGCCAGCACCAAUAGAGACACUGUGGAAAGCACCCGGACCCGGCGCACGCUAAGUGACGAGCAGUGUGCUGCUGUCAUCCUUGUGCURUUUGCUUUUUUUUCCAUUUUGAUUGCCUUUAUCAUUCAGUACUUUGUAAUCAAGUGAAAAUAUAACUUUAUUUUAACACUGUAUUACAUUUUAUUUUGUCAUGUACUAAAAUUAUUUCCGUAACGCUUUUACAAAAACGAUGGCAUUUAGCACUGGCAUUGAGACUAUAGCACAUCAUUUUUUGCCAUUUUCAGUGCUCAUAUUGUUAGGUAGAGGCUGGCACUUUAUUAGAAUGCAAGCCACAGAAAUAUCAAUUUUGGGGAGGGUUUUUUGGUUGGUACUUUUGACUUUCUCUCUCUCUCUCUCUCUCUCUCUCUCUCUCUCUCUCUCUCUCUCUGACAUGCCUUCUUGUAGAACAAACUUUCUAAGAGACAACAAUUUAUAAUUGAUAAUUUUGACCAGUCACCAUGAGUGAAACAGUGAUGACCUGAUAAAGAUUAUUACCAAGUGAAAAUUCAGAAUGACUAGAAUUUACACUAAUGUGCUAUAUAAAAAUGUUAAAGUCUGAUGCUGUGAAAGCAAUCUAGUGCUAUAUUUCUACCUCCUCAUUUGUCUUAAUUAUUUGGUAAGUGGGAUUAUGAUGAAUAACUGGAGGGGCUUAGCAAAAACUGGAUGAAAGACCAUGUGUGAAAAAGAACCUUCUUGUUUGAUAAAUGUGGAGUUCUUCAUUACAAGUAUAUAUUCAUGGAUUCACAGAUAAGUCAAAGAAAGCACAGGCAGUUUACUUGGCCUAAAAAUAUUUCAAUGUUUACUCCAAAAGUACCUCUUUGGGUCUUGAGAACAUGGAAAAACAGAGACUUUUAGAUAGUAACUUUUUUAAAAAAUCAUCAUAAAAACCAACUCUGAAUUUCAAACCUACUUGGCUUGUUUUGUGAGCCUUUGGACUAUAUGUAUGUUUGUAAGGGCACACACAUACAUAUAUGACAUAUAUAUAAACUAUACAUACCUAGUGUAGGAAUACAUACAUACACACAUCUACUCCACCUCUCUGGUAUAGGCUAAUUUUGAAGAACUCCCRUAAACUUUGCUGCUUCUCCUAUAACUACUGCCAUCACCAUCAAAAUUCAUAAUCAAACCUAACCUUUUUUGUUUGGGGCACCAAAUCUGAAGACAAAUUAAUUUGCACCAGUAAACUUCAAGCUGCUUUCUUUCUUGAAAAACUAAUGUUUAAUGUGUAAUGUCUGUUCAGAUACUGUUCCAAAUUGUUGAUUGCAUGUGGUUAAUGUUGCAUUAGAGCACUUUGCAAUUGCAUAAUUCAUUAAUGUUUUGUGAGCUUGCAUUUGUGAGUUAUUGGAUGAUCAGAUUGAAUCUUGUCGAGUAUCACAUUGUACAUCUUGCUUAGAUGUUGACAACUGCCAGUAAUAAUACAGUUUGUAAUGAAACUAUCUAAAAUUCUUGUUUUAUCACAUCUGUUAUCUGUAAAACACCUGUAACUAGCUUUUUAAUUUAUUAUUUGAAUUUUAGGAUAGUGAAUCACUAAUUUUUAGUUGCUGAAGUUAGCAUUUUAGUGAUAACUAAGCACUUCU